UACUUACAAAACUGUGAAUAUGUAUCGUAUGCCGACUUCGCAAGUCGACUGGCGUCAAUGGCCGAAGGCAAGUUGUGCUCUGCGUGGAUGUGCUAGGAGAGUUCCACCACACGAAACGUCGCCUGUGUUGGUAAAACCACUAGAGUGCGUAACAGCCAGAACGCUCGAAGGCUGACCGCAGUCGGCUCGUAUUCAUGUGCUUAAACUUCUCCAAGAGUGGCAGUGGAAGUUGGUUGGAGGUACACCAUGCAAGAAGAGAUCGAAGCGGCAGUUGCAUUCUUGGCUCGAGUUGUGCGUCACAAUUCGGCGUUGACAGAAGAACAGCUGGAAGCUCUACAAGAGAAGCUCCGUCAGAUCUUGGGGAACCGAUUUCGGGACCACUGGUUUCCGGAGAAGCCUUCACGUGGCCAGGCGUAUCGUUGCAUACGGAUCAAUGAGAACGAACCGCGCGAGCCAGUACUUGAACAGGCUGCAUGGCAGUGUGGACUGGCGUACGACGAGUUGUGCCUGCCGGUCGAGCUUACAGUUUGGGUUGACCCUCAAGAGGUCUGCUGCAGGUAUGGUGAACGACGGAGUUCAUACUGCAUCCUUGCAUCCUUCAAGAACGGAAAUAGUGAGAAUUAUGUGGAACAGUUCAACCUAGAAGAACUUGAACAGCAGUCAGGAAAAAGGUCAAAACAGACUUCCCUGGACCUGAUAAACAGCAAGCGACGUAUGGGCACACCACGUGGCUGCAGGAGUAUGGGUUUACUUCAUUUGGGAUCCUCAAUUAUGCACAGCUCCGCACGUGGAAGUCCCAACUUUGGCCUUUCCACUCCUCAGCCACCAUCACCCACCCAUCUUGGGGGCAAAGCACCCAGGGCACCUCAGUCGGGCGACACAUUUUGGAACCUCGGGGCCACUCAAGGACAAAAACCGGACAAGUACCACUGGGUGAACAAGGCACUUGUCAAAGCAUAGGAACAUUCCUUCAACUGCCAGCGCUUGACAAGAGUCUUACCUUGGAGGGAGAGCCUCUGUGUUGGACCCCUUUCAAGUCCGACACGUGGUACCAGGUGGUGGGCUACCUUUCAAAGUUAGUGUUGUGGUGCUUUUUGCCACGACCAUUCCUAACCGGGUAAAGCAUCUCAUCAAUUUCGCUAUCACUGACCAAACUACUAGCGAUGUGUGGUGUAUAAAUUAGAUGUUCAUUGUUUCAUUCAUGCACAAUUGUAAUUGGCAGUAAGACCACAAUAAGCUUGAAUGUUAUUUUAAUACGAGCUCUUUGAAUAUUUAUCAUAUUUAUUAUCAUCCUAAAUGCCUCAAAGAGCUUUAAUGGUUGAACAGUUUGAUCAGUGGUCGUCCAUAAUGCGAAAUCUUCAUUUUUGUUAUCUCUUAAUCUGUACGUACUCUGUUGGGCUGCUGUGCGGUUGUGGAGCUGAUCUAGUUUGUGACAUUCUCAACAGAUUGCACACAAAAAAGAACUAAUUGGAUUUUAGUGGACGGCGAAAAAUCGUAGGUAAUGCUGCAUAUGGCACAGUUUGCAUACAUAAUGUAACAAAAAGUCUCAUUUGGACAUUGUCAUGCCUCAGGUGGAUCUCCUAGUGUGGUGCUUCGUUCAUGUACCUUUCCUGCCACGUUUUAUUUCGUUGGUGUCUUCUAUUCUUUACACUUCAUUGUCAUGCGCUUUUUAAAACAAGAUUGCAUCCCUGUGCUGAGAACCUUUGUGCUUUGUCCUGACAUCUGGGCUACUGAAGAGCGUCGGAACAGUGCAGUGAGCUUAUUUAAAAACUCAUCUGACAAACUGUGACAUUCCUUGUUGUUUUCAUGUACACCCUCUCUCCAGGUGUUGUCAUUUAGUGUGUUCAGAAACAAGGAAAGGCUAUAUACUGCUUUUAGAGCAGUUUACUCCACAUUGAGCAUGUGCGAUGCUGACCAGACAUCGGGCAUGUGACCCGAGUACUCCAGUUGUGGUAUUGAUAGUAUGUUCUCCUUGGAAGCACACCUUCCUGUUCAGCUUCAACCAUGGAAGGAAGGACAUGCUGCAAUUGAAUGUGUGUCCAAAGCAUGCAUAUAUCCGAUGUCUCGUACAAUCAAACCUAGUAGCAUGUCUGUUUUAAACUCAAACGUCCUAUUUAAAAAGAAUCCCCCUUUGCCCAUUCAAGAUAGUAAUUUGCGCAGUUGUGUGCAAAAUUUGUACAAAUUGUCAGGGACAUAGACAGGUUGGAAAAAUGUUACAUUCAUUUGCAACUACUGCCUGUAUUGUGAUAUGUAUCUCACUGCAUACCCCAUACUACUGAAGGAAAGCAGAGCAUGAAUCUGAAGUCCACGUUAGCCAUAUCAUGCUUCAUGUCAGCCAUACUAAAGUAACUUUACCAGGUCUACUUAGAUUGUUUUUUUUUUUACACAGCUGUAAUACUUUUGAUGCACCGUAGCUACCUAUCCCAGUGCCUUUGAAUUUAUUUUAAGUCAACCUUGACUUCUCACAAGAAUUGGAGAUAGUUCUUGUACUUUUAAUGGGGAGUACAUUGAUGAUACAUAUUGUACGAGCAGAUCCUCCAGUGUGGUACACAGCGAUUUUGCAAGGUCACAAAGCUCAUUCAAAGGACAUGCAUUAUAAAGGGUCACUCCAUUCUUGGUAAUACUAAGAAAAAUGUGUUAAAGCAGGAGUAGUGUAAUAACGUAUGUUCAUUUAAGCUCUGUCUCGUAGGAUGCAUUUAUGAAGUGAAAUAAUUAUAGUUGUCACAUUCUUAUUUUGGCUGCAGCUAAGAAAAUUAUGGAACAGGUAAAGAAAGUCUGACACUAAUGCAUAACGGUCUGCUAGAAAAUGGAACUGCAGAAGGAGGUUGUGGCAUGUUUCAGAACUUUGUGAUUUUCGUUGCUCCCAAGUUAAAGAUGGCAGUACAUGCAUUUGUAAUCACAAAAAUACAUAUUGUUUCAUUGCAUAUGUGACAGUUGAAAAUGUUCAAAACACAACAAGAAAGGGCCUUGUGCUCCCAUCACCUUCCCUUCAUUGGUCCCACUGUCCUGACCGGUCUUCAAAUUUUGCAUUACAACCUACCAGCAAAAGUAUGGAAUCUGGUUGUGAUUUUUGCACAGGACAGGUGUCACUUGUUGGAGUGGACCUUAAUGUCCCUUAGCUCAUUGUCAUGCAAGGUAUAUUGGUCGAGAAUGUUUACACUUGUAGCUAUUUAUCGCAGUUUUUGACAAAAUAAAGAUUGAGUGCUAAGCAUUGCA